GAAUCUCCAAUAAGAGUCUUACUUGACCUCAACUGUGAAAUCAGGACUCUGAAGGAAGAUGUUAAUGCCAGUCUUGAUAAGAGUUCCUCUGAAAAACAAGCAAUUAAUGACUUUAUGAAGGCGAGUGAAAUAUUGAUGAGAAGAAAUGCAGCAGAUCUUGGAAAAAUAAAAGAGCUGUUCCAGAAAUAUAGCUACAAAGAACAUGGGAAAAACUCUCCAGAAGAGGCAGAAGAAGUUAACAGUGAUUCAACAGUGGCUGCCCAGAAUAAAUCUGAUGAAGAAAAACCAAAUGAUGUACCUCAUCUUUCUGCUUGUGCUGAGAAGCCACCGAUCCCUGAAGACCCGCUGCGUAACCCCAAGCUUUCUGAUUUUGGUCUUUCACAGUAUGCUUUCUCCAGGCUUUGGAGUGCAGUGAAAGAACAACACACAGCAAAUGCACAUCAAGAAAAUUCAAGGAACAGGACUCCACUAAAACCACAGGCCUCCUGUAACUUGCCCAAAACACCAAGAUGUAAGCUAAAGAUGGAUGAUUAUGAGUGUGUAACACCAAGAAUUGAACACUUUGGCAUUAAUGAACAUACCAUGUGUAUGAAUGAAGAUUAUACAAUAUCACUUAUUCGUAAAACCGCUCAGGCAAGCGAGAAAUCGGUUAAAAAAGAUUAUCAUGAAGUGCAGGUACCAGUAAUGGCAUCCAGGGCAGUCAUGGUUACCCCUCAGCCAAAAGUGACAGUUCAGAAUGCGGCUGACUGGAUGACUUCUCCUAUGGUACUUGUGUUCUGUACUCCCGAUGUGAAAACCCCUUCUAGAACAAAUAGUACAGCAUUAUCAAGGUCACCUGAGGCAGACAAAUGGCAGCUUCCCAGUCAUGCAGGAACACCACGGUUUGCAGAAUUUGAAACAAGAUGGCUAAAACCAGAAGCUAAGGUGCAGGGGGAAAAGACUGAGUCGGUGACAAAGAGUGGCGCAAUGGAUAAACAAUACACAAGAGGUAGCAUUCCUUUUGCUGUGAGCUCUGAUGAGUAUCUUAAACAUCUUGGAGACCCUUCUCCUCCCAAAAUAAAUCACUAUGAGCAGUUACUCAGUACUCCUCCACCUCCAGAAAUAACAAGGAUACCACACGAUGUUCUGCAGAUUCUCUCCAAGUAUAAUCAUAAAGCAGGCUCUUCUAAAGCCAAGGAAACUGAGACCAAGGCAGGAAAUACUACAAGAUAUGAAAGUGAUUUCACUGAUUACUGCAACAAAGAGAACAGGUAUGAUUAA